UUGAGCUGCUGUUUGGAGAGCUGGAUGCUAACCUGCCGCCUUCUGCCAACCUCGGGCUCGGUGUCACAGUGCUGCACCGAGCCACCAGAGGGAGAUGGAGGGUAAAUUUCUCGGAGGACCUGGGUUUGGCUCUCCUGCUCUCUGCAACCUUUCCAGGUGCUGCUGUACCCUGAGGAUGGCCACCGUUGACCAGAAAGGCACAGGUUUUGCUGAAGCAUCUCCCUUCCUGCUUUUUGCCAACCGUCGGGACGUUCGACUCGUGGAUGCUGGAGGCACGAAGCUGGAGUCCACUGUGGUGGUCAGUGGCUUAGAGGAUGCUGCUGCGGUUGACUUCCAGUAUUCGCAAGGCAUCGUUUUCUGGACAGAUGUGAGUGAAGAAGCCAUCAAGCAAACUUACAUUAACCAAACUGGCAAUGUGGUGCAGAAUGUCAUCAUUUCUGGUCUGGUUUCCCCGGAUGGCCUGGCAUGUGAUUGGAUUGGGAAAAAACUUUACUGGACAGACUCAGAAACCAAUAGGAUAGAAGUAGCUAAUCUCAAUGGAACAUCUAGAAAAGUCCUCUUCUGGCAAGACCUUGAUCAGCCCAGGGCAAUAGCUUUGGAUCCGGCUCAUGGAUACAUGUAUUGGACUGAGGGAGAAACACCCAGAAUAGAACGGGCAGGAAUGGACAGCAGCACACGAAAAAUAAUUGUUGAUUCAGAUAUCUAUUGGCCAAAUGGACUCACAAUUGAUCUUGAUGAGCAGAAACUUUACUGGGCUGAUGCAAAAUUGAGUUUCAUUCACAGAGCGAAUCUGGAUGGUUCCUUUAGGCAAAAGGUUGUUGAAGGUAGUCUUACUCAUCCGUUUGCACUGACAUUGUCUGGGGAAACUUUGUAUUGGACGGACUGGCAGACGCGCUCCAUUCAUGCCUGCAACAAACGAACAGGAGAGGAAAAGGAGAGAAAUAUUAUCUGCCUGUAUUCGCCAAUGGACAUCCAGGUCUUAAGUCCUGACCGGCAGCCCUACUUUCACACUCCAUGCGAAGAAAACAAUGGUGGUUGCUCCCAUCUGUGCCUGCUAUCUCCCAGAGACCCCUUCUAUAGUUGUGCUUGUCCAACUGGUGUGCAGCUAGAAGAUGAUGGCAGGACAUGCAAAUCAGGUGCUGAAGAAGUCUUGCUGCUUGCUAGAAGGACGGACUUGAGAAGGAUUUCCUUGGACAUGCCGGAUUUCACUGACAUUAUUCUGCAGAUAGACAAUAUCAGACAUGCAAUAGCCAUAGACUAUGAUCCUGUGGAAGGCUACAUCUACUGGACUGAUGAUGAUGUCCGGGCAAUUCGUCGGGCGUACCUUGAUGGUUCUGGAGCACAGACUCUGGUAACCUCAGAAAUCAACCAUCCAGAUGGUAUUGCUGUGGACUGGGUGGCAAGGAACCUGUACUGGACUGACACUGGAACAGACCGCAUUGAAGUGACCCGGUUGAAUGGGACAUCAAGAAAGAUCCUUAUCUCAGAAAACCUAGAUGAACCUAGAGCAAUUGUGCUCAAUCCUGUAAUGGGCUACAUGUAUUGGACAGACUGGGGUGAGAGUCCAAAGAUAGAGUGUGCUUAUUUGGAUGGCUCAGAGAGGAGAGUUCUGGUGAACACGUCCUUAGGUUGGCCUAAUGGCUUGGCACUGGAUCUUGAAGAGGACAAACUUUACUGGGGAGAUGCAAAAACAGAUAAAAUUGAGGUCAUAAAUGUUGAUGGAACAAUGAGGAAAACCCUCCUAGAAGAUAAACUUCCACAUAUAUUUGGGUUCACACUUCUAGGAGAUUACAUCUACUGGACUGACUGGCAGAGACGAAGCAUUGAAAGAGUUCACAAGAUAAGGGCUAGCAGAGACAUUAUUAUUGAUCAGCUGCCGGACUUAAUGGGCCUUAAAGCAACAAGCGUUGCCAAAGUGUUUGGAACUAAUCCAUGUGCAGAGAACAAUGGAGGCUGCAGUCAUCUAUGUUUCUUUACACCCCAGGAGACCAGGUGUGCCUGUCCCAUUGGCCUUGAGCUGUUGAGUGACAUGAAGACUUGCAUCAUUCCUGAAGCCUUCUUAGUUUUCACAAGCAGAGCAGCCAUUCAUAGGAUUUCCCUUGAAACCAAUAAUAAUGAUGUUGCUAUUCCUCUUACUGGAGUCAAGGAGGCAUCUGCUCUGGAUUUUGAUGUCUCUGAUAACAGAAUCUAUUGGACUGAUGUUAGUUUGAAGACCAUAAGCCGAGCUUUCAUGAACGGGAGCUCUGUUGAACACGUGAUUGAAUUUGGGCUAGAUUAUCCUGAGGGAAUGGCUGUAGACUGGAUGGGAAAGAACCUGUACUGGGCAGAUACUGGAACCAACCGAAUUGAAGUAGCCCGCCUGGAUGGACAGUAUAGGCAGGUCCUUGUGUGGAAGGACUUGGACAACCCACGGUCUUUGGCUCUUGAUCCUACCAAAGGGUACAUGUACUGGACAGAGUGGGGAGGUAAACCUAGGAUUGUUCGAGCAUAUAUGGAUGGAACAAACAGCAUCACUUUGGUGGAUAAAGUGGGUCGUGCCAAUGACCUCACUAUUGAUUAUGCAGACCAAAGGCUAUAUUGGACUGACUUAGACACCAGCAUGAUUGAAUCGUCAAAUAUGCUAGGACAAGAACGAGAAAUCAUAGCAGAUGAUCUACCUCAUCCAUUCGGAUUAACCCAAUACAGUGACUACAUCUACUGGACAGACUGGAAUCUUCACAGCAUAGAAAGAGCAGACAAGACCAGUGGGAAGAACCGGACACUUAUUCAGGGCCAUCUGGAUUUUGUGAUGGAUAUAUUGGUCUUUCAUUCUUCACGUCAGGAUGGCUUGAAUGAUUGUGUGCAAAAUAAUGGCCAUUGCGGUCACUUGUGCCUUGCCAUACCAAACGGAUUUAGGUGCGGCUGUGCUGCUCACUAUACAUUGGAUCCCAACAGCAGGAACUGUAGUUGUAACCCCUACCAGUUCCUGUUAUUUAGUCAGAAGUCUGCAAUCAGCCGAAUGAUACCAGAUGAUCAGCAAAGUCCAGAUAUCAUCCUGCCUAUGCAUGGUCUAAGGAACGUGAAGGCUAUUGAUUAUGAUCCCUUAGAUAAAUUGAUCUACUGGGUAGAUGGACGUCAGAAUAUUAUAAAAAGAGCCAAAGAUGAUGGCACUCAGCCUUUUACUGUCAUGAGUGCUCCAAACCAAAGCCAGAAUCCCGAGAAGCAGCCACACGACCUCAGCAUUGAUAUAUACAGCCAUACCUUAUACUGGACCUGUGAGGCCACAAAUUCAGUCAAUGUCCACAGACUGAACGGCGAGUCAAUUGGGAUGGUGCUCGGAGAUCACGACAAGCCCAGAGCCAUUGUGGUGAAUGCAGAGCGAGGGUACAUGUACUUCACCAACAUGCAAGAGCGAGCUCCCAAGAUUGAGCGUGCAGCCCUCGAUGGCACAGAGAGAGAAGUGCUUUUUACCACUGGGUUGAUCCGUCCCGUAGCGCUGGUGAUUGACAACAAACUUGGAAAGCUUUUCUGGGUGGAUGCAGAUCUGAAGCGCAUCGAAAGCUGUGACUUGUCAGGUGCUAACCGUGUGACCCUGGAGGACUCCAACAUCCUUCAGCCGAUGGGACUGACGGUGCUGGGGAAUCACCUGUACUGGAUUGAUCGUCAGCAGCAGAUGAUUGAGAGAGUGGAGAAAACUAACGGGUACAAAAGGACUAGAAUUCAAGGCCGAAUUGCUCACCUAACAGGCAUUCAUGCUGUGGAAGAACUCGAUAUGGAGGAAUUCUCUGCACAUCCAUGCUCCCGUGACAAUGGUGGAUGUUCGCACAUCUGCAUUGCCAAAGGGGAUGGGACUCCAAGAUGUUCAUGUCCAGAGCACCUUGUGCUUCUACAGAAUCUCUUAACUUGUGGAGAACCUCCAACUUGUUCCCCAGACCAAUUUACCUGUGCAACUGGAGAAAUCGACUGUAUCCCAAUGGCAUGGCGAUGUGAUGGAUUUCCAGAGUGUGAUGACCAGAGUGAUGAAGAUAGUUGCCCCAUAUGCUCUGCAUCCCAGUUCCAGUGUGAGAAAGGACAAUGUAUUGAUGCACAUCUGCGGUGUAAUGGAGAAAUUGACUGCCAAGAUAAAUCUGAUGAAGUGGAUUGUGAUACACUUUGUCUGCCCAAUCAGUUCCGAUGUGCCAGUGGCCAGUGCAUCCUCCUGAAGCAACAGUGUGACUCCUUUCCAGAUUGCAUCGAUGGAUCUGAUGAGCUCAUUUGUGAAAAAACAAAGCCAGCCUCAGAUGAACCACAACCCCACAGCAGUGCCAUCGGUCCUGUCAUCGGGAUAAUACUGUCCCUAUUUGUCAUGGGAGGAAUGUACUUUGUUUGCCAGCGAGUGGUGUGUCAGCGCUAUGCUGGGCCCAAUAGCCCUUUUCCACAUGAGUAUGUCAGUGGAACCCCUCACGUCCCUCUUAAUUUUAUUGCUCCAGGAAGUUCUCAGCAUGGCACUUUUACUGGCAUCUCUUGUGGAAAGUCUAUGAUUAGCUCCAUGAGCCUCAUGGGAGGAAGCAGUGGUGCCCCCUUGUAUGACAGAAAUCAUGUUACUGGAGCUUCUUCUAGUAGCUCAUCCAGCACUAAAGCCACUUUCUACCCUCAGAUCUUGAACCCACCUCCGUCCCCAGCUACUGAUCGCUCCCUGUAUAAUGCAGAGAUGUUUUAUUCCUCAAACAUUCCUUCAACCACGAGAUCUUACAGGCCUUACCUUAUACGAGGGAUAGCUCCACCCACAACCCCAUGCAGCACAGAUGUGUGUGACAGUGACUAUACUACCAGCCGAUGGAAGGCCAACAAAUACUAUAUAGAUUUAAAUUCAGACUCAGACCCUUAUCCCCCUCCACCCACACCUCGCAGCCAGUAUAUGUCGGCAGAAGAAAGUUGCCCUCCGUCUCCUGCCACAGAACGAAGCUAUUUUCACCUCUACCCCCCUCCACCCUCUCCUUGUACAGACUCCUCAUGACCUCAACAGAAGGAACUUUUCCUGUAAAUAUUUUUAAAUAUGAAGAUUUAAAAUAUAUAUUUUAUGAUUUAAAGUUAAAUAGGGGUGGGAUUUUUUUAAAAAUGUGAAUAAAAAUGGGUGGGAGGGAUGGGACUGUGAAAAUUGUACAGAGGAAGAAUAUUUAUAAAAUUGAUUUUUUUAACUUAAUUUCCAUUCUUUUGUGCCAUAUUUGCCUUUUGAAAUCAUGGAACUGACUUAAUCUCCAAAGGACUGGGGGGUGGGUGGGGGAUGUUGAGCUUUUUUGGAUUUUGUCACCUUUUUAUACGCAAAACGUGUGUAAUUAUUUUUACUAAUGUGAAAAAAAGGUUAAGUGGCUUGUGGGAGGAGAACACUAAAGAAAGACUAAUACUCUUGGAGAAGACAUGCUUAAAUAGAAUUGUUUGUCAGUAUCUCAUCCUUUCUCCACCACUGGGACAAAACGUGCAAAGAGUACCACUGUCAGAUGCUCCUGCUGGGAAGCAUUCAGCUCCCUUGAAAUAGAACUUGUAUAUGGAGACUUGGAUUUUGAACCUCACUCUCCAUUUGCUCAGCACUGAACUAAAAGAAGCCUUCUUUUAGCCAAACCUUCCAGCUUAAUUACGCUCACAGUUGUGUCCUAACUCAUGCCAACAGUGCAUGUUGCCAGUUCUGGAACUGAUUCUAGCUAAAAAUAUAUCCAGACCCAAAAAGCUUAUUUUAGCUCCAGUCAGUUCCCCACUUUGAAUGUGUGGUAGUAGAAUCAGUUAUACUGACCUGUCACGGAGAUCAAGGGGCUCUUAACAUAGCUUUUAAGCGGAGAGAAAUGCCUGACGAGCUGCAGCUUUGCUCAGACUCGCCAUUUUAAUGGUGAUGAAACCAAGCUCCUUCAUCCUUUUCUAGCAGCCACUUCAUUGUGAGGCUUUGGUGACUUGUCUGAGAAGGAGCUGUGAUAGUCAGCUGCUUCUCAAAAAGCAGUGGUACUUCAGUUUUUACCCAAAAGUCCGGUAAUUCACUGUGCUGCGUCUCUGAGGUGUUUACCUGUGUUGAACUGAUCAGAGAAUUGCUUCGUCUUUGAUGUUCGUUUCACAAAGUGGGAUGAUAUGGUGUUCAUUUAAAUGAGAGAGCUGUUGCUUAUUAAUCUGCGUUUGUAGAAAAUGUUACCUGCCUAGCUCAAAAACAAAACGCCUGCCAUUUUGAACAAUUUAGUCGUGUCAUCAAAAUUUUCCACCAAAUUAGUUCAGGUUUAGAAACAUAAAAAGCACAGGAAUUAGAGAAGACAUAGUUCUAAUUCUCUUAAAAUAAUAAUAAUAAAACAACAAAAUUCUCCAACAAACUCCUGUAUCCUCAGGACACCACGAUCAUUGAAGUGCUCGUGCUUCCAGCUCCUACCAAAAAACUUUGUGAAUGGGGGGCUAGAAUCCGUGCCUUUCACAAUAUCGGAGAUUUUUUUUUGCUUCCAUUCUUCUCUUGCUGUAACAACAAGGAUUGGGUAUUGCAUGUCACUCACAAAUCCAGCUCUGAUGAUGGUAAAAUCCAGCUCUGAUGAUGAUAAUGUGAGUGCCUACCUGGACAUCUGAGGGAAGAUCUGAAUAUGCAGACCUGCACCUGUUUCUGCAGCUGCUGAAUAACAGAUGUGUUAGGUCUUUGACAGCCUUAAUAUUGUUGGCAACAACGAAAAAUUUUUCUUUUUUGAAUUUAAUUCAUAUUUGGUUUGGGGUCUUAGGGGCUGGGACCACAGUGUUCUGAUCCAGUUUGUGUUUCCAGAUUUGUUAGUGCAGAUCUGUCUUCCAACCUACAUUGCUCGAGGAUAUUUGUGCUGGCACUGGUGUAUUACUGAAACUUUUUAAGUACCUUUUAUUACCUUCAUGGCUAAACUUUCACUUCUGAGAUUCACGUUUGGCACAAAGAUGAUGCCCACCAUUUUCUUUGUGGAGAAAAAUACAGAAUUGGAGAAUACAGCACUGGAGUUUUGAGUUUAAGAAUGGAUUAUCUUCUCCUAUCCCCUGUCAACAUUAGUAACUAUAGCAUGCCAUGAGAGACAAGGUCAUAGAUUGUUACUCUUAGGAUGACUUGGCAGAUCUCUGAAAAAGUGUCAAUGAUUUGGUAAAACAAAAGAGCGCUUUCAUGUGAUCAUGUUUCAGUGAACUAAAUCAUGACUUUAGAUCCACAGAUAUUUUAUGUAUCACAUCAAUCAUAUGAAGGAAUACUUGUCCUGCGUUACAGCAGUUGGUGUAAUUUCACAUCAUCUGUAGUUUUGUGCAUAACCAUUUGCCACUUACAAUGAAUGCAUUAACUGUUUCAUGUUACAGUCCUAGCUUAGAACCACAUCAUAUUAAUUUCCCUGUGUUCCUGUGAUGACACUGGAUGAAAAAUUACCUUUUUAAAAAAAAAAAAUUAAACCACUGGUCAUUUUAAAGAGCCACAACUGUAGCAGUCCUAACCACUUCAUCUUGUAUCCUAGUGCAAAGUUUGGAGUUGAAUCCAAGAAAAUUAGCAGUCGUGCUGAGAGUUAAACUGUCUUAAGGGUCAAAUUCUUUUGGACCUUAGGUAUUCAGUAGGAAGCAAUCACUUUCUGAAUGGAAUGAAUUAAGCAUGAAUGAAUUAAGUCUUUUAUUUCAGUUGGACAUUCAGAUCCUCUUGCUGCUGAUAUUUGCUGAGAAAUUACUUCGUCUGAGGGACUUGAGGUUUUGUGAUCAGAAUCUAAGUCCCACUCUGCUCCAUACUAUUGAUUAAAAGCCUUUCUAAAAAGAACUUGUAUGCAAAUUUAGCAUCAAAACAUUUAAAUACUAAAAUAUUACUUUUGAUUGCUGUAGGCUAUCUACUAUAAAAGGAUUAAUGCACUCCUGGUGUCAGAAAAUAUGAUAUAUUUGAAUGAGAGGAGCUACUUCUCCCCAGAACUAUCUCCCAACGAGUUUUUAGUAAAGCGUGGUUUCUAUCCUGUGAGCUUUCAGGCUAAAACUUCGAAAACAGAUGCUAGUUUCUUCUAGAUCAGGACGAGGGAAAGAGUUGCACGGAAUUACUGAAUGCAUAUGAUGAAUUGUAGCAUUUCAGGGCUAAACAGGAAGUAAGUGGGGAAGAGCUGUCUAAUUGAGGUUUAAGCAUAAUUCUACUACUGCAAAAAUUCUACUACUACUACUACUGUAGUCUGAGAAAGCAGGCUGAAAUAUCCCAGGAGUUCUGCCCUGAGAAUCUGCAGGGGGAUGCAUGCGACUAGACUAUCUGUGUGAACUUGUGAGUAUUUGUAUCAGUUUAUUCAAAUGUUUUCCAAGCCCAUUAUGACUACAUAUCACCACUUAAAGCAGCUCAGGAUGUAAUAUAGAACAGUGUCUGGAUGACAGCUAGUGAUAGGCAAAUGAUCAGGUUGAUUUUGUGUCACGUUGAAAGGACAGAUGUCCUAGCAGCUGAUUUGCCUUCCAGUGCAGUCAUAAAAGCUGCUACUAGGGACGUCUUCUCUUUGUCUUUGUCCUGUUUGCAGAACAGAUGUAGCAGCAGUGUGAAGAUGUAAGGUAAAUAAGCAGACUUAAAAUUAAAUCAUGGUCUUCAGUACUGAAGUAUCCUUUAAUUUCAAGCAAAGGAUUUGUGUAAAUUAUUGAUGGACUUCAGCUGGACUGAUCAACAGACACUGCACCCUGAAAUUUACAGUGGGUGUCAUUGAUUAGUUCACUACUGCUGGAUGAUUUUGAGGAAACUUUAUUAGUAUUGCCUAGUUGUUUUAGUGUUUCAAUUUGCCUGCUUGGACAGAUUGCCAAAGAGCAGUCAAGCUAAGAUUAAGUCUGUAUGUACAACAAACUGUGUUUUCUUCAGAGUAAUGUCAGAGUACAAAAUGUCCCAAAAAUGAAGUUGUGCCAUUAUCAUCAUGAUCUAAAGAGGAAAGGUGAAAUAAUCGAAAAAUUUCUUCUUUUUCAAUAACGGGUUUGACUUUUUGGUAAUAAAGUUUGAUCACUCUGGUUUGCAAAGAGUGCAAGCACUCCCUUAAAGUUCUGAUUCUUUUCAAAGUAACAACAAAAUGGUCUCUCUCUCUUCAACAUGUCCCACACACCUGGGAUAGGCUUUUUGGAGAUCUCCAGGUCCAAGCCCAUUUACCCUGGACCUAUAUUUAGUCUGAUAUUUAGAAGGUCAUACGCUAGAUAUAAGACUCAUCAUAUUCUUCCAUUUUUAUGGGGGCCAACUAGUCAUAGUUGGAUUCUGGGGCUUUUGAAACUCUUAAGUGUCUGGGCACAGCAAUGAACAAGGAUUUGGAGGCAGCAGCACUCAGUAGGGGCUUGUCAUGCUGGGCUGAUGUCAAUCACACUCCAUUGCCCGUAGGGUAGAUCCCUUUACUAGAGAGAACUCCAUUGCUGCCCUUCAUUAGAGCCUGUGGAGCAUGUUGUAGUACUUUAUGAGUGUGGUCAGUCAGACUUCACAAAAGUUGUGUGUAUCUUGUUUGCUUCAAGCGUUAUCAGAAGCAGAUCUUUUCUGAUGUCAGUCAUUUUGUUGGGGUAUGUGUUGAGUCACUCCAAAUGAGUAGCUGUGCUUAUAAUUGUACUACAAGUGAUAUCCAUUAAUGUCAGGAAAUGAAAACAGAAGGCAGGCAUGUUCCCAAUAAUUAAUAACACACAAGAGUGCCUGGCAUGGCGCCCUGAGUUAGAAAUAACAUAUUUGCUGCUACAGUGCUGAGGGACAUCUUAUAAACUUCGAUGUUUGGACUGAGCCUUAGACAAGCCACAGUCAAAGAUGACAGUCGUUUACAGAUCACAUAUUCAGUUGUUUCCAUGCUCAGUUAUGAGUGCAUUAUAAAUGUUGAGUGCAGUCCUCACCAGAAGUUUGACUUCUCUGUAAAAGACUCAGGGAAGGCUGUGUCCUAAAUGCUGAAAGUGCCUGCUGGUUCUGUUACUCUUCCAUUAUGCAAUGCAACGUUUUCUGUUCACCAUUAAAUGGAAAAAGCCUUUCCUUCAUUUAUGAGGAGUUUAGCUAAACAGCUCAAGAUAUUUACGAAAUGUUAAAAGAAAUAGUCUUAUACAUAGGUAUUUUUAGUGCUGUCAUGUCUGCUAGCUCUCCCUCAAGAAAACAAUUUACAAAAAUUUUUUUUUUUUUUUUUGUAAAGGGGAUCUUUUCUUUACUACGUUUAUUUUGCAGUUGGCCAACUAUGCUGUGGGUCUCUUCACAUAAAAUCAUAACCCCUGGGCAAGGGGUUGGGAGUGGGGGAAAGGAGAAAUUGAUUUUAAAUGAGCCUACUGAUAGGAAUGAUGGAAACCAGUCUGAUACAAAUGGCUUCUGCAUUCCACAACAAAAUUCCUCGUGUGCCACAUGCUGACCAUGCUCCCAGCUGCCCGAGGCAGCAAGUCAGCCUACCUUGGCUGUUUGCAGCACAACUCACAGCCCUCAUUGCAGCCCGCCUCGGGAGUCGGGGGCUUGGUUUUCUCCAGAAUCCUGGUGACUAAAAGACCACAAUCCCCAUUCCUAAACGGGAUGUUUUAUAUUCACAAAAUACAUGCAGAGAACAUGCCUUGAAGGAGUUAUCAGAGGAGAAAAGCGACUUUGACAGCCACAGUAAGUGACAGCCCAAUUCACCAGCAUUCAUGUCUUUGAAAAGCAAGUACUCCCACUGAUGCCCGUUUCUGUAAGAAAAGAGUAAUGCUGCUCUUGUGACAGCAUUCCCAGGGUAGCUCCGUUUGACAAAGGGAGUGAUGUUCCAGUUUGGUUUGUACAGAGAUCCUGCAGCGUGCAAAUAAGUAUGGAAGUGUUUUAGUUGCAACUACAGCUGCAAUAGUUGUAAAUGGAAUUAAUCAGCCUAAAGAGAAAAAAACAAAAGCUAUUGAAAACAGGAGGACUGCUUUGCUGUUGGAUGUGAAAUUUGGAGGGCAUCAUAAAGAAAAACUCUAACCCAGACUGCUUUCUUACUUAUCUAAUUGUAUUGUAAUUGCUGCUAUUGUAAAUGUACAUGAAUAUACAAAGACUACCAAGAAUUUUUAUGAUAAACCCACACGAUCUUUUUUAUAUUUAUAUUAAAAUGUGUAUUCUGCAAAAAGCCUAAUAAUUACAGCUUUAUAUGUGUAUCAUUUUGUAGAAUUUGUUACUACAAAGGACAAGCAAACCCAAUACUUAAGUGCCUUGUGUAUUUUAAACAGCUCAGACAUCGACUGGGGAAAGAAGUAAAGCCUUAAAUCACAAAUGUCCCCAGAAUCAUUCGCUGAUUGUACUCCCCUGGUUCUAACACAGCAUCAUGUUACUGCUAGGGUUCUCCUCAGUUAAAAUACAUACAGCCUCAAGUGGAAGAGAAAGCUGACAACUUUUGAUUUUUUUUGAGCGUAUUUAUCUUAAGUUUGUAAUAUAUCAGAAUUUGUCUCAAAUGCAUUAUUUCAAGUGGACUUUUAUAUAUUCAUAUCUGUUUCAACAGCAAUCUUGACACCUCUUAAGUACAUAACAUUAAAAAGAAAUGCCAACAAGUGAUACUUAUGUAUUUGGGGAUUAAAUUGACAUUAUUUUCAGAUUGUCACUGCAGUACUGUUCAUUAAAGCCAUUUAUUGUG